AUGGGCAAGUGUGCCUCGAAGCAGCCAGCUCCCGGACUGAACGAAUUUGGAAGCGCGCCGUACCUUGCGAUCUGCAGUGAAAAUGACGUCCUCUACAUCAAUGUGGGCCAGUCGGAGAGCAAGAAGUCAUCCAAGAAGGCGACGGCCGACGGUGGACCGCAGACGAAGGGCACGGCGAUGUCUUUCGGCUUCAAGAAGUACAAGGUCCACCGACAGGCGACCGGCGGUUCGGGUACGGCCGACGGUGACGGUGGCGUGGCAACCAGCACCGACGCGCCAGUUCCGGGAGCGGUGGCCAAUCAGAUCAAAAAGCUCAACGCCAACGGCAACGUGCUGCUGGCCAAUGCGACACUGGAAAGAGAGAAAGCGGAAAGGGACCUCGUCCAGGCGACCGUAAUCUCGAACCCUGGUGUCGAUGCCGGGUUCAGCGACAAAAACGGCAAUACUGGUUUGGCAGAUUCAGAAGAUCGGUCCAGUAGCACCGGCAGAUCGACACCACGGUUGCAGCCGGCCAAGAAGGACAGCCACGGAGCGCCGUACCGCAGCAAUCGGUUCGGGUUCCGCACCAACAACAUCGUCCGGCCCGCGUCGGUCGGUCUGCAGCCGCGGGUGGCCAACGAUCUCGACAAAAACUCCAACAACAACAACAACAACAAUGUGCACCCCAACAACAACAAUAACAAUAACAACGUGUACGUGGUCGCUGACAAGCGCCGCUCGAAGAGUGCCUCUUCGGCGGCAUCCGCACGCACAACCUUUGCACCGCUCACGGCGGCCACCGGAAGUGCAACACCGGCCAGUGGGCCCGGUGUUGGCCACCCGCUGGCGCUGCACCAGCACGCAUACGGUGGCGGUGCGUUGCAACGCCCGCAGCCGAAAUACCAGACGCCGAAUACAAAAAUAGCUCACAGCACGCCGCCUGCUACGGUGCCGGACACAGCGUCCAACGGUGCCGGAGACACUUAUCAACCGUCGGUGGCAAAGGCGCAUCAGUACGCGCCAGCGAGCGAGGCCGGACAGAGUUCCCCGGUUGCCGGAACGUUGCCGGGCAAACCACCGGUCGGUGCAGUGGCGAAACUAGGCCAGGAAGCGCUGGUAGCCAGCAAGUUUACGCUGCACUCGUCGAGCCUCCCGAAACCACAGUAUCCGGUGUCGAUCUCGCUGACGGGCAGUGUGCCGCCGGUGGGCGCUCCCAGCCCUCGCUACACUAUGGAUACGAAGGGUGCCAAGCACGCGGUAAACGUGAGCCGUAAGGAGUUUGCCACGGCGGCCGGUCCGGCACCGGUGGCCCUCGAGGACACGACGACGGCUACCACCAGCAGCAUCCGGAUGCCUCGGCAGCGGUACCGCAACCUAGCGAUGGUGAUGAGCGGCCGCCACAAGUUUGAGGUGCGCGAUCUCGAGGCGCUAACGACGGAACCGAUCGUACCGCUGCCCCUGCCGGAGCUACCGAGUGCGUUCGGGAACACGGCAAACCAGCGUACGGCCUCGCUGAGUGGCUUGAUCCGCUCGUCCGAGCUGACCGCCAGUGGGCUGGGUGGAGUCGCCGAUGGCACCCUGGACGACGACAUUGACAUUAACGAUAAUCGCUACGAGAGCAACGGCGCCGAGGCCGAACAGGACGACGAUGGGACGUUGACGGUGGCGAGAGACUUGGAGGCGGCCGCCCGCAAAGAGUGCUUCUCGGACGGGGAAAGCCUCGAGGAGGAGAAACUGCGGCGCGACAACAAUUCGUCGGAGAAGAGCCUCAAAGGAGCGCUGAUUAUGGACGACGCGAAACCAGUCGGUCCCGGACAUUCCCGUGUUUCGUGGUGUGACGCUGGUGUGGCGCUCGCUCUGGAGGACGGCGAGAAGAAGGAACAAAGUCGUGCCCCAGAAAAGGACAUACCUCCGCAACGGCAGCAAGAGGAAGAGGAAGACAUUAGCUCGGUAACCAUUACCGCUGGCCACUCGUCGUUCUCUUCCUUCUCGGCGCCCGUCCCGAUGGACGUGUCGACCAAUCUGGACAGUGUCUCGGAGGUCCUGAUAAGCUUCACCGACCCAGGCACGGACCCGUUGGCCAGCAGUGAAGCCGCCGAUCUGCCGAACCGGAUGUACCGCAACGAGCAGGCCAAAUUCGCCGCCAUGGCUGCCGCCAUCAGCGAUGUGGUUCUGCUGGACGACGAAACCUCGCCAACCGACAGUCUCGUCAGCAGCUGCUGCACUGACAAUUCGGACGAUGCCAAAAAGCCACGAGCCACCAAAAAGGGUGCGGAAAAUGCAAAGGACAAGGAGAAGGACAUUGACGAAAUUUCGCCGGAACUGGAGGAGCUCACCAGUCCCGUUUCGCCGGGCACUCCGACACACGCGUCCAACUCGCUAUCGCUCUCCGAUGGUGGCCGUGACUUUCUGAUCGACGACGAGAUCGCCGACCAACCGGGGCUAGUUUUCGACGAAGGUAGCACCCUCGAUCUGGGAUCGCUCAACCUGAACCUAGCGUCCCAGCCGCCCGAUACGCCCAUGUCGAAGCACUCCAACAAGCGGCCGGCCACUGGGACGGCCGAUCACUCGGUGACACCCAAGGCAACCCCUCCGGUUCCGAAGCCGCGCAAAGUGCUUGCGGAAACAUACGAAUCACCGGCCCUGUCGCGUAAAUCCAUGCGCAGCAACCGACUGGCGAGAGCCGAAUCGUUGGAUACCCUGUCGCCGUGUGAUUCGAUCGCCUCCGACGACUUUAUGCUGGACUUUGACUGCAACAGUAGCAUGGAUUCGAUCGAUAGGGUUGCGCGCUCCAGUGUGAGCGGUAGCGCCACCGGUCUACACUCGCUGGACGGGCUGCAGCUGUGGUCGGAGCUGGAGAACAAGGGUGGCCACAUUAUUCGCGAGUGGAGCACCCUGCUUCGCAGCAGCAACCCCAACAGUCUGACCAACAGCAUGAACAACCAGAGCCGGGAAAGCAUAACAUCGCAACUUCCGGCCCGGGCACGGCUGCUGACGAGGCGCCUCCAGAAUAAUGCGACCCCCACGAACGGCUCCGAGAGUCCGCGCUCGAUGGACAGCUUGCCGCGGCGGACGACGUUCUCGGGUGCGUACAAAACGGCCACCCUGAGCCAGUUCCACAACCUGGCCAACAACAACAACGGCCUGACGGACUCCGCUUCGACGGCCACCAACUCCGCGGAAGAUCUCACCCUGCUCGACAAGUCGCUGCGCAACUCCAUGCUCCAGGACGUGGUGCACUUCAAGAAGCAGCUGGUGCGACUACGUCGGAUACUGCAAGAGGAUGAAGAAAAUUUGAUGAUGACCGACACUCUCAACCCAUUUGAAAAUAACAAUGGGCAAUUCUUCACGACGGCAGCAGCGGCCGCCGUAGCGGCAAGCAACAACAGCAGCCUCAGCUCGGCCGGCGGCCAGGAGGACAGCAACAGGCAGCAGCUCCAGGAGAACGUGCUGGUCCGCGAGUCCAGCGUGGCCGCCCUGGCCCUGCUCGAGGACCAACGGCAGGAACUGGCGGAUCUCAGAAGACAGGUGGUUUACCUUCAGGGUGAGCUGACGACGAAAGAUCGCACCAUUCGGCAGCAGCAGAACGUGAUCGAGAAGCUGGAGGCCGAUCGGGAAAAACAGCAGCACGAUGGCUCGGUUACGGGUGGCGGUGGCUCACCGGUGGCGUCAGACGUCACCGGCUGCGUGGCCGAUACUUCCGGCGGUGACCUAAACCACGCCGAGACCAUCAGCACCGCAACGCAGACUGAAAGAUUGAGGCCCGUUUCCUUUGGCGGACAGGAAGGAUUAGGAAGUCGCAAUGAACAACAUCUAGUGACGCCCAAGAACGGACUUCGAACCCCGGUGGGCGCUUCCAACAAUAGCCCCAGUACUCCCCCGCAGCCACACCCGGUCAACGGUGCUCCAACCACAUCGCAACAACAUCCGACACCCCGUUCCGCACCCAACAAAACCCAGAUCUCGUCCGUCUAUACGCAGCUAUCGUCCACCGUCAGGCACAGCAUCGCCGGGGGCAGUGCGCCAACGACCCCAACAACGGCCGGUGGCCAACCCACAGCACUACGCAGGACAUCGCUGGGCUCGAGCCACAACCUAAGCUCGGCAGCGCUGGGCAGCCCCGCCACCGGAAGCAAAUCCGUUCGAACCACGCACAUUGGCACGCUGGCCGUGACGGGUCGGCAGCACACCACCGGCGACCGGAUACCGGUUUCGAGGCUCCAGAAGCUGUUGCCCUCUCCGAAUCGAACACCGGGCACCGUGACACCGGCAACACCACCCACCAUCACCCACAAAAAGACACCGAGCAUCAUCAAACCUCCGUCCUCGUUCGGUACCGCUCUCCUAUCGCCGGCCAGCGACGGUCAAGUGGUCGGGAAGGCAAAAUCGGCUCCCGUAACACCCGUCAUUUCCAGUGGCAAACUUCUGACGGCUCCGGCUACCGGCGGAAGCGGAGGCAGCAGUGUCCUUUCGUCAAGUGACGCCGGCUUCUCGUCCGGUUCCGGUGAGAACGAAAGCAGCGGCAAGGAUACUUCGGACGAGGGUGAAUCACCGCCGGUCGUCCACGGGAAGCUACUGAGUGGUCUGAAACUACUUCCGGGCGCUGCCGGUGGAAGCCCAACGGCGGUAGGCUGCGGCGAUGGCGCUUCCAGCCCAAUCGGUGGACCGACAAACAAAGUUAAUGGCAUCGUUGGCCACUAGCAAAUGGGGAGGGCUUAGUUCCGUGUCUCCAUUCCCAGGUAUUAGCGCCGUUCGCCUGUUUCUUAGAGGGACACGAUGGCAAUGGGGUGUUUAGGUUGAUAGUAGCGAUUAGGUAUGUCCUCCCCGUGGUUUGGUGACACUUAUUUUAGAGGCUCUAGAUGGAAUGAAACGAAGAUGUCACCGGGCACGGGAAAGUUAUUUUAUGUAUUGUUGCAAUAGUUUCUAGACUCCCGGUGCGAUGAGAAGUGAGUACGUAAAAGAUAUCCUCUCAGCCCUCGCUUAAAGGCGCUACAAAAGUGUUUAUCACUUUCGGUUUUCCUGGAGCGCAAAAAAAAACGUUCGUUUGUUCAAAGUAUUCUCUUCGCAAACGCCAAACCAUUGUUUCUUCGUUUUAAAUCCCAUUUUUCAGUUCGUUUUAUACGCGUCCGUUCAUAAGUUGUGCAAUCGAAUCCGCUCCGUUCCCCUUGCAAGCAACCAAACAGUAACUGUUGAUAUACACAUUGAAAAAUGAUUGAAAAAAUGAGGUUCGAAAAACAUACAACAGAAAACGAAACGACAUGAUCUAUGGAAAGGAAAAUAUAUAAAAUGCAUAAAAUACAACCAAAUGUGAUCGAACUGUGUAACCCAAUAUUUGUACAAUUAUUAAAGGAACUGCAAACUUGUAAAUCAUACACUAGAUCGGCAAUACUCGCUUACUGCUGCUAACGACCCCGCCACACAUAGCACAAACUGGAACGGUCAGCACGUACGGGAACAGGGGACGCUAAUACUUGCAUUUAUGAUGUACAUUUUACCUCUUUUCUCCCAAAUCUUAUGGAGGGACAGUUGGUAGCAAGAAAGGAUGAGUUUGGUGCUUAUAGUGUUGUAUCGUUUCGCAAAAAAACUAGAUCGCAGUCAGAUCAGGGGUGAACAGGACAUGAUCGGCACGGUUGAAACUGAAAUGAAACUUUUCUUGCCCUUCUCUGCCAUCAGUAUUGAAACGCCCUUUUACGCUGCUUCUGUAGAUUCUACAGUUUGUUCCUUACUGUUCCUUACAGUUUUCCAUUGGGUGGAAUCGGGCAAAAUUGACGAAUUUAAUUGGACAACUCCAAAAGAAAGUAGAAAAUUACAUAGAAAAGUAGCCACAAACCUUGCUCGACGUCCCUUCGUUGGUUUGUACAAUUGGCGAUAUCUCCAGUCGGUUUUAAUCUAUGGUAACCAAAUUGUAUUUUUAUUGCAAGCAGUUGAUAGAAACGUUACAACCGCUGCUGACUCCUCGUUUGGAUUACCAUUGAAAAGUCAAGAGAUUAUUUAAAUGAAAUCUGAAUCAAUUUAAAACGUUAUGAAAUUUUCGAAAUAUUCAUUGAAUCGUAUUUAACAGGAUGGCUAAGAAAUAGACAAAUGUAUAGAGGAUGAGGUAUCGGCAACACGGGGCAAUAGCUACGUUUUUGGUAAAAGAAUUAAACCAUCUAUAAACCAAACUGCAUAAAUUCGCUACAGCCGAUCGUAUGAUCUUGACAUUUUUGGACUAAAUAACUUUAUCGUAAUAUGCAAUACACACACAUUUACCAUACAAAUCGGUGCAAAUCUAACAGGACACGGCAAGUUAAUCAUACCUGGCUUCCAUGUGGGAAAUCUGAACUGAACGGGAAACAAUCGCGAAGGAUCGUUGCGUGGUGUUUUGUGAAGCUAUUA